CUACAGCCAAGUACCUCGACGAAGUUUGAUAGACCCACCACACAGUGAAUGAUCAUUCAAGGCAGUGUCGAAGCUCAACGUCGUUUUGGAUCAAGAGAUUCUUAAUCUACAUUUGUCUAAUUCAUUUCCAGACUCUACUGGGGUUGUCUCACGGCAGUUCUUUUACUUCUACUUAACCUGAUCCCCAAAAGAUUUUGAUCAAACAUUGAUUUUCCCAGCCUUCUUCGCCAACCGCCCUUUCAUAACCAAUCUCAACACACUUUCUCAAAUACAUCAAGAAGUCAAUCAAGAAUGAAACUGUCAGCUAUCAUUGGAGCCGUCAUCGGUCUCGCUGCCACCAGCGUCAACGCCCAAUGGUACCCAGCCCGCACCUGGACAAACUGCGCCGCCGCCAUCGGCGGAAAGGGCGCCAAAGGCCUCAGAGAGGCUCACGCCUUCUUCAACGAGGCCUGGGGUCAACCUCGCCUCCGAAUCCAACACCAGUCGAAGUAUGUAGCCGUCUGCAACGGCUAUAUUUUCGGCAUCGCAAACGACGGCCAUACGGGCUGGUUCGAGGCAUCUGGCGAUCGGGACCUUGCGGCUCUUGCAGACCCCGGAACGGCGUCCGAGUGCAAAUGGUAUUUCAGGGCGCACGAUCUCGAGCACUAUUACUUCUUUUCGAGAGAUGGACUCCAUGUUCUGGAUACGAGGGCCUAUAUUCGCCGGUGCCACGAGGUUGAAAAGGCUGUGGGUGGUCAACACCCACACUCCCUUGAAAAGUAAUGUCAGCAACCACUCAGGUCGGAAGUCUAGGGAAGCGUAAAAUUCCAAUACAAAGUAAAAUCGC